UCAAGCCUUCUCCGUAGUCCGCCCCCUAUGUGAACCAGCCAAGGAAUGCCUCGAUACAGAGACGAGACUCCUGCAGUGCGUGUUUACACUGUUUGCGAUGAAUCAAAAUUUUUGAUUGUGAGGAAUGUUCCAGCCCUGGGUUGUGGUGAUGAUCUCGCAAAAUUGUUCACCACUUAUGGAGAAGUUGAAGAAUGUAAACCCAUGGAUGCGGAAGACUGCGAACCAUUUACUGAUGUCUACUGGAUCAAGUUCCAAAGGAUAGACAAUGCCAGGUUUGCCAAGAGGAAAUUGGAUGAGUUUGUAUUCCUAGGGAACAGGCUCCGGGUCUCUUAUGCACCUCAAUAUGAGAGCCUGUCUGAUACAAAGGAUAAGUUAGAGGGGAGGAGAAGGGAAGUUCUGACACGAGUAAACUCUCAAAGAUCCAAAAGUUGUGCAAUCCAUGGGCCUGAUGCUGUCAGCGAAUCUAUAAUCACUUCAACCUCUUCACAUAUAGCCUCUAAACCACUAGAAAUUAAUAAAAGUCCGUUCAUGAAGCCACAGGAGACUGCUAAGAAUAGAGAUUCGUCUAUGAUUGUAAUAUCUUCUAACAAGGAAUAUUUUGCAUCAGAAUCUAUGAAUCAAACUGUUCGGUUGGUUAGGGAAAAACUAAACAAGAUACAAUCCAGUGCAGAACAUUCAGAAGCCGGAGCUUCCAAGAAAGUGCGAGUAGACAAUAGGAGGAGAAUUUGAGGACUGAUGAGAAAAGAAGUUGCUCUUGCUUUAUUCAAGCAUGGUAUAACUUAACUUGUUCCAACAAAUCAUUGAAGGACUUUGGUCAUCUAAUACUGUUGUUGCCAUGAAAGGUAUUUAUUUGCUCAAGGAGGGAGAGGAGAGGGCAAUGGAAAUUUUGAAUGCACACUUAGCUUGUUAAUUCUUAUCCAUCUCUUGUAAAUGAAAUAUAUGUACAAUCAAUCAGGCAUUUUUCAGUUUAUUAUGGAAGAAUAUAGGUGUCAAAAUAUCAGCUUA